AUGAAGCUUUCUGCUGUUUACACCAUUCUUUCGUGCGCACUUGCUGUGUCUGCAAUCCCAGUUGAGGCCGGUAUGGACGAGGCUACCAACGCUAUGGUUCAGUCUUCCAACGCUGUGAUCAAUGCUGUUGCCGCUAACGUGGCUACUCUCAUCAAGAGAAAGGUCGAGCCUAAGGUUGAUGAUUUCCCACGUAUGGUUGGUGAGCCAACCUACUUCAUUGUUGAAGAGGCAUAA